AUGAUUGAAGGACAAAGAAGUUAUUAUACUAAAAAUUGCAUCUCAAAAAUUUUCUUCUUCAUCUUCAUGGGUAUCACUGAAUUUUACCUUCUAACUGCCAUGGCCUAUGACCGCUAUGUAGCCAUCUGCAGACCCCUUUACUACAUGGUCAUCAUGAGCAGAAAGGCAUGCUAUGUCCUUGUGAUGGCCUCUGUCAUUGGGGGAUUUAUCCAUUCCAUCCUGCAUGUAUUGAUUAUUGUCCAACUUCCCUUCUGUGGCCCCAAUCAGAUAGAUCACUAUUUCUGUGAUGUAUUCCCCCUGCUGAAGCUGGCCUGCACCGACACGAGCCUGUUGAUUAUUGCGAUCAUUACCACCACCGGGGUGCUGUCCAUUCUGACCUUUGUUGCCUUGGUAAUUUCUUACAUCAUCAUCCUGUCCACCCUGAGGACACGCUCGUCCGAGGGAUGCCGCAAAGCCCUCUCCACCUGCGGCUCACACAUCACUGUCGUGUUCAUGUUCUUCUUGCCCCUCAUCUUCACCUAUGUCCCCACAGCUGAUUCUGUCAAUAAAGACAAGGUCUUUGCCUUGUUUUACACCAUGAUCGCCCCCAUGUUCAACCCUCUCAUCUACACGCUGAGAAACACGGACAUGAAGAAUGCCAUGCGGAAAGUGUGGUGCCGAGACAAAUUAUUGGAAGGUAAAUGA